GGUUUUUGCCUGUUAGAGAAGCUUCAUGAGCCGCUAUAUGAAUCAUAUAGAUAGGCCUAUUAUAUAAUUAUUUAAAUUAUUUAUUAUAAUUCAUCUAUUUUCUCGGGGCCUUAUUUUAAGCCUAGCCCCAUACAUCGCGUCAACAGCAGGAAAUCAAAAUGCGUAACUGAUGAAAAAUAGAUAAGCCAAACGAACUCAAUUUAUUAUUUAUUUGAGGUCAAAGGUUACACUGCUAGAUGGUUCAGAUUUCUUUAUUCUCGGUUAUAUUGCUGGUGGUAAUUCCUUCCCUUAAAAAGAACGUAUUAACUGUAAAGCAACUGGAUGGAACAAGUAUAAAUAAGCCUAAAAUACCACUUCGGCUAUGCUUGAAAUAAGCUGAUGUAGCGCAUUGACCCAAUGUUGAGCAAUAUGAAGCGGCUAGCUGGACUGCUUGUGUUAUUGAUAGGAUCCAUUCUUUUUAUCCUGCUCAUGUACACCAAUGUUGAUCUCAUCCCUCAAGAGAUCACAAAGAACCCAAAACGUUUGUAUUCUAAUCGUAACACAUUCUCCACAUCAAGGAAGAAUGUGGCCAGCGGUGAAGAGUUCAAGAAAGUUCUCUCGUCUGCUUUUGCCCGGCAAUCAAAGGCUGUCAAAGUAAUGCUUGUAGGUAGAAUGAGAACUGGUUCGACUUUUAUUGGCGAAAUUUUGAAUCAGAACAGAAAUUUAUUUUACCUUUUUGAACCGCUUCAUUGGAUAGACGUGCAGAAGCGUAAAGGAUUGCUGAAUGAGUGGACAUCAUUUAAAGCAGAAACACUUAAACUUUUGCAUGAUCUCAGUAAGUGUGUUUUUCCAUCAUCAUUUAUUCAUGGAACAGCAAUGUGGCCACUUGCAAGAUCCAAGAGUAAGGACGUUUCACCUAUUUGUAAACAGUCCUCGGCGUGCAAAAAAGCAGAACCGGAUUCUUUUAGUAAAGCGUGUGCAAAAGUUGGAGGGAAUAUCGCUAUGAAAUUUAUACGAUCUGAUAUCGAAGUAUUGAGAUCUUUAGUCGAAGAGGAACAUACAAAUGUUAAAAUAAUUCAUCUGGUGCGUGAUCCAAGAGGCACUGCAAAUUCACGAAGGUCCUAUUAUGGGAAAAAAGCUCUCCGACUGAAUGGAUCUCUGCCCACAUUAGGUAAAAUGGGUUUACUAAUAGAAAAUAAUCCCCGCAGGAUGAACACAAUUCCACAACUUUGUCAAUGGAUGCGAAAUACGUUAUCCUAUGCAAUCAAGCGACCAAAAUGGUUAGAAGGGCGUUAUAAGAUUCUUCGCUAUGAGGACUUCUCAGUAAACCCUCUUGAAAUGACUGAAAAGAUAUAUAAAUUUAUUGGUUUACCAUUACCUACUAAUGUCAAAGAAUGGCUUGUUAGUAACACAAAUUCCCAGAUUAGCAAAAAGCCAACACUUUUUAGUACGUCAAGAAAUUCUUCGUAUACCGCUACAAGUUGGCGUUCUUCACUCUCAUUAGAGGAGGUUCUACAUGUACAGCAUUUGUGUAGUGAUGUGAUGGCUGAGUUAGGCUAUGUGAAAAUCUACAAUGAAGCGGAUCUUAUCAAUUCAAGUGUGCCUUUGCUUACCUCAUUUGAAUUUGGCAAUUUUAUACUUUGAUAGAUUAGCAUUUUUAAUCUGCUGUAGUGCACUGAUUAUAAUCUAACUAUGCUAUCAAGAGCUAUUAAUUGUUACUGACAGUGAUAGUAAAUACU